CCUGUUCUCCCUCCAAACCAAACCGUUCACAUUCACCAUCCAUCUCUCUGUUUCCCUCUUCCUCACUCCAACUCCCACAUCUUCUCUCUCUCUCUACUGCUACCAUGGUGGUAGCAGAGUUGUCUCCUUCAUACACCAAAACGAGCCUUCACUCUUCACAGCUCUCAUUCUUCUCAUCUCGUCUCUCCGAUCACCGACGCAUCUCUCUCCCUCGCCCUCAAAAUGGAAGAAGAGUAGUUUGCUCUGUUGCAUCCAAUCAAGUUCAAGCUCCUUCCCCUGUCCAAACCGAAGAAGCUAAGACGAAAGGCGAUUGCUACGGCGUCUUCUGUCUCACAUAUGAUCUCGAGGCUGAGGAGGACGAGACAAAAUCCUGGAAGAAACUGAUUAAUAUUGCAGUCUCAGGUGCUGCUGGGAUGAUAUCUAAUCAUCUACUUUUCAAACUUGCAUCUGGUGAGGUUUUUGGGCCAGAUCAACCUAUUGCAUUGAAACUUUUAGGCUCCGAAAGGUCAUUGCAAGCUCUAGAAGGAGUUGCCAUGGAACUAGAGGAUUCGUUAUUUCCUUUGUUGAGGGAAGUCAAUAUUGGCAUAGAUCCUUAUGAUGUGUUCCAAGAUGUUGAAUGGGCACUUCUGAUUGGAGCAAAGCCUCGAGGUCCUGGAAUGGAACGAGCUGGCUUAUUAGACAUAAAUGGGCAGAUUUUUGCUGAACAGGGAAAAGCUCUUAAUGCAGUUGCAUCACGUAAUGUCAAGGUGAUGGUAGUGGGCAACCCCUGCAACACCAAUGCAUUGAUUUGCUUGAAAAAUGCUCCAAACAUACCAGCAAAGAAUUUUCAUGCUUUGACUCGAUUAGAUGAGAAUAGAGCAAAAUGCCAGCUGGCCCUCAAAGCAGGUGUCUUCUAUGACAAAGUGUCAAAUGUGACUAUCUGGGGAAACCACUCAACCACUCAGGUUCCGGACUUUUUGAAUGCUAGAAUCAAUGGCAUACCUGUCAAAGAGGUUAUUAAGGAUACCAAGUGGUUGGAGGAAGAGUUCACCGAAAAGGUCCAGAAUAGAGGUGGUGUGCUUAUUAAAAAGUGGGGAAGAUCGUCAGCUGCAUCAACCGCUGUUUCAAUUGUUGAUGCCAUCAGAUCUCUUGUGACUCCCACCCCCGAGGGUGAUUGGUUUUCUUCUGGAGUUUACACCAAUGGGAAUCCAUAUGGCAUAGCAGAGGAUCUUGUUUUCAGCAUGCCAUGCCGAUCAAAAGGCGAUGGAGAUUAUGAACUUGUCAAAGAUGUAAUAUUUGAUGACUACCUUCUGAGGCGAGUUACCAAGAGUGAAGCUGAGUUACUUGCUGAGAAGAGAUGUGUGGCCCACCUCACAGGAGAGGGUAUCGCUGUCUGUGACCUACCCGAGGACACAAUGCUUCCAGGAGAAGUGUAGAACUAAUCAGACAAAACCUAUUUGUCCAAAAAUUUACCUGACAGCUAUCACAGAGAAAUCCUUGUUAAGAAAGCAAUUAAUGAUAUUGUAUGCAUUGAGUUUUGGCUGUUGUUCAUCUAGAAUGAGUGUGGCAAUAAAGUUAGAAGGUAGUAAUAAACUAGGCAAUUUUAAGCCGUUAUAGAGAUUUUGAAGUUGUUAUGGUAAAAUAAAUAUUAAAAAAAAAAGUUGUAAUGGUGUACAAUUGAUAUGGCAUGGAACUUGUAAGGUGAUGAUCCCAAUUCUUUGUCCACCUUUGCCUGAACAGGUUGUGAUCCGAGUCAUCUAUCUUCUGAAUUUAUACUAGUUUAUUUUUGUACUUUCCCUA